CUACGGGAGCUGGAACUGGCAAACGCAGAAAAGUCAGGUCUCUUGCGAGCAGCUUUGCUCGACCGGGACAACCUCCCGCCAGAGCUGCUUGAACUCAAGAGGGUCGAGACAAUACAGCAGAUGCGCGAAAUGAUAGAGUCAGUUGUCAAGGCACCUCCAGAAACACAGCCCAGAGUCUUGGAUGCGACGAGCUCAGAGAUCGCCGAGACUGUCCUCUCAUCAGAGGCAGCCCUGGACAAGGCGAAAAAAGACCUCCAAGAUCAGCUCGAUAUGAACGAGUCACUACGAGUGCAACUCGAAAUGGCCAAGGCAGAGACGGCAGAAAGGGGCUCGGCCGAACUUCAGCAAGAAGUCGAGAACCUCAGGCGAGAGAACGCGCUGGUCAAGUCGAUGUGGUACGACAUGAACCAGCGACUGCUGAGCAACACGGUUAUCCUGCAAAGACGCAGCGAAGCACCCAAAGGCUGGCUCGGAAAACAGCGAGCCGCUGUUGGAGGAGGCGCAAGCGUCUUAGUACGGCCGGAGGUAGUAGGAGCAGGGCCACAGAACCAACUUUCGCGAACAGACGGACCACUCGUAUCGUUUCUGUUCAUUGUUCACCUUGUCGGGCCCCAGAACCAAGUGUGGUUUAGCAUAGCGCAGGUUUGGUGGCAUUUAUAUUGCGUCAAGAUGUAUAGACGGAUAGUCUUUUGUCACUUAUACCCACUUUUAUUCAUUUGCAUGUAGCGCGGGAGUUUGCUGAUGAAAG